AUGUUGUUCCCAGGAAUGAUGCGGGAGGCUCCUCAGGAGUACAUCUCCCCCAAGUGGCGUGCUGCUCUACGCAUCGUCGGUUUCAUUGCAAGUUGUAUUCUCAUUGCCAAGUACGGAGAGCUCGCUGAUAUGCCAGAAAACAGCAAACUCGGGAAGCAGCAGCAACUGCCGCAGCAGCAACUGCAGCAGCAGCAACUGCAGCAGCAGCAACUGCAGCUGCAGCAACUGCAGCUGCAGUGA